AACGACUUUUGUACAGAGAAGAUGCAGAUGAAAAGGGAAUUUGUGUUCUCGUUCAUAUUUUUGUUUGGAAAAGGUUUAUGUGACUGGAAUUUUGAAGGUGUAAACGUUGCACUCGGAAAACCUGCCAGCCAAUAUCCGGGUACACAUGGGGAUCAAAACGCAUCACUUGCUGUUGAUGGAAACAUAACGAACCGCCCGCAAAGUGCUCCAUGCGCUCACACAACCAAGCCGUCAAGUGGAAGUUACGCCCAUUGGGAUGUUGACCUCCAGGGCACUUACUUAAUAUCAGGAAUUAGAAUAUAUAACAGAGACAACGAUUUUCGUGAACGUCUAUAUGGAUUGAUGAUAUUGACCUAUUUGAAUGGAACUCCAGAAACUUUGUUUCAAGACAAUGGAAUGUACCUUUCGCGAUGCACAGAUUAUUAUAACCGAACCGAUAAACCACUGUUAUGUAAAAAUAUAAUUGAUGUCCCAUUGCAACCUCCCGUUCAAGCUGAAAAAGUCCGACUACAGACGCCGAAUUACCUGACCCUAUGUGAGGUAGAACUUAUAGCAGUCGCCUGCAAAAAACCAUCUGUUCCAAAUGGUAGCACAAAUGCCACGGAUAAGUCCAUAACUGGUACAAACGUACACUUGCAAUGUGGUACAGGCUUUUUUAAAAGCACAUCGACCGCGAUAUGCACUGUGAACGGCACAUGGAAUCCUCAACCAGAAUGUGCUAAAGGAUGCAAGGUUCCUAAUCCAUUCUCUUAUGGGAACUACACUUCCAACUUAACGCGUUUGAUUACUGGGUCAAUUUUGCCCGUAGGAUUUAUAAUCAAAGGACAGUGUUUGCCAGGAUAUACCUCUGCGAAUAGCAGUGGAAAUGUUGAGAGAGUAUGCUCUUAUGAUCAAUCAUGGACUGGAUCAGAACUGACAUGUAUUGCAAAGCAAUGUCCUUAUCCUAGUUUACCCCAUGGUUUCUAUUUAUUUCAACAUAUACUAUAUAAUAACUGUUCAAAACCAUUCGAAAGCACAAUCAUUCCACAAUGCGACGAUGGUUAUUAUCUUCCGACAAAUAAAUCUAGAAAAUGUUUGGCAAGCGAGAAUUGGUCUGGGGAAGACCCAGAGUGCAUUCCUAUUACGUGUCAACAACGUCCGCAUAACUUUACUGAUGGAUACUUCAUCCCAAGACAACAACAACCCAUCCAACAACCAUUCCAAUAUGGCUUUACAUUUGUUCCUUAUUGUAAAACAGGUUUUAAGCUUGUGCAUGGGAGUAAUAAAACGUGUUCUGAACUUAACGUCUGGAAUGGGGGUACAGCCAGAUGUGACAGAGUAUUUUGCGACGUGACGCCACUCGAAAAUGGAUUCUAUACAUUUGGUUCCAGUAAAAAUGUAUUGAAUACAACCCGCUAUGGUUUUGUAAUCAGUCCAAGAUGCAACAAUGGUUACUAUUUAAGCAAAAAUGAUAAUCGAACAUGCCAAGAAAAUGGUGAACUAAGUGGGGAUAGCCCUUUGUGUGAAAUAGUUAAAUGCAACUCGUUCGGAACUAUUUCAAACGGAACACUGAGUUUUAAAUAUAACAUAUUGACGAUAAGUUAUGCAUUUGGCUAUGGAACAAGUGUAUCAUCAGUAUGUGAUGAAGGUUUCGAACUUCGUGGUUCUGAUGUACGCACGUGUCUUGAGAAUGGGUCUUGGUCAGGCAUUACACCAAAUUGUGAAAAAAUCCGGUGCACAAAUCAAACCAUUCUUAAAGAUUUUUAUCAACAAAACAGGAAAAAACUAUUAUUUGGAGAUGUAUUUAUUGCUGAUUACAACAGCGAACACUUCCAUCUUGUGAAUGGUUCUUUAGUCGUGGAAUGUGCAGCCGACGGCAGCCUUAAAUGGGCUACACAACAACCAUUCCUUGCGUCUAUAUGUAAAGUGCAGAUAAACGAUCAUUUUCGAGCAGACACGAACGACUGCCUCGUUUACGAUACGUGUGAAGUAGAUAAAAAAAUAACCUUUGAAUGCAGAGAGGACUAUCAAGUGAUGCAAACAAAUGCAACCUGCCUUCCUAAUCACACAUGGAGCUCUGUGCCCAUUUGCACACCACUGUCUCAACCAAACGCCAGAGGAGCUAUAAUUGGCGGGUCUGCAGCAGCGGGCGUGGUCGUUAUCGCGAUAGUUAUAGCUGUGUUGUUGUUUAUACACAGAAGGAAAAUACAUAAAAUCAUAACGAGAACGCGGUAUGAAAAGUCAGACAAACCAGAGGAAGAAUUGAAUGCUUAUUCUGAAAUCAAUGAAACGCACAAGACUGAUCGAAAAAAAGUUACAGUAGCCGAAUCAGCAGAAUAUUCAUACGCGUCUAACACAAGAGAUGUAGUUGGAUACGAAGUGGAUGCGAAUCCGAGCGUUCAGUCCUAUUAUAGCUUUGAAAGCAUCAAGAAAAUGCCGGUGACAGCCAUUAAAGUAGAAGAGUUAUACGACGUUGUUUUGGGAUCGGAACAUGGUGUCACAUUGAAAAAACAGUUCCAGGAUUUCCCAAAGGGCUUGACAGAACACUACAACGCAGCUCUCAAAAUACAAAACAGACCAAAAAAUAGAUACAAACAGAUCUAUCCAUAUAAUGACACGAGAGUAAUUCUGCCAACAGAUGAACGACACACAGACUACAUAAACGCUAGUUACAUACAUGGUUAUAACAAGACACGUGCCUUCAUUGCGUCACAAGGUCCAACAAACGAUAUGCUUGUUGAUUUCUGGAGGAUGGCGUGGCAUCUUGGCUGCGGCAAGAUCGUAAUGCUUACCAACUUGGAAGAGGACAAAAAGAUGAAAUGUGUACAGUACUGGCCAGACGAAGGAUGCAUAGAAUACGAAGACUUCUUAAUAACAAAUCGAGGGACAGAGUAUUUUUCGGACUUCAUCAUCAGGAAAUUAUCCAUACAGAAAAGACACGAGGAAGAAAGAAAGUUGUUCCAUUUUCAUUUCACUGCUUGGCCAGAUAAAAAAGUGCCAAAAUAUGCUUCGUCACUGGUUAAUUUCCAUUAUAAAGUGGAAACCACCAUUGUGAAAGAGAAUGGUCCGGUUAUUGUUCACUGCAGCGCCGGUGUCGGACGGACGGGAACAUUUAUAGCUUUGAAUGUAUUGUCUGAGCAAGCUACCACAGUGGGAUAUGUGGAUCCCGUGGGUUGUGUGAACACACUGAGAAGACAGAGGGUCAACAUGGUCCAAACCUCGGACCAGUACAUAUUUUUGCACAUGGCGCUUUUGGAAACGUUGAUGCUGUCUACGUCGGCUCUACCCGCGUCGAGUUUCCUGAGAGCGUAUAAAGAACUUCUGGUCUUCGACAAGACCCUAAGGAGCCGGGAGAUCGAUGUCAAGUUCUCUCGGAUGGAGAAAAUGUCACCCGUGUCUGAUGAAUGUCAAUACGUGAGUGCAAAAGAAGUGAGAAACAGGAACAAGAAUCGAUAUUCAAACAUUCUCCCAGUUGCGGACCACAUGGCAUUUUUGACUCCCUCUGGUAAGAAGUCUGAACCUGAUUACAUCAACGCUGUAUUCUUACCGGGCUACAAGAAGAAGGGAGCGUUCAUCGUCACCCAGACACCUCUAGAAGCGACCAAGACCGAUUUCUGGAGACUGGUGGUUGAACACAAUGUCCAUACAGUCGUCAUGAUGAAUAACAAGAGUAUGAUGGAGGAAGGCGAGAUAUACUGGCCUGAAAGUGAGAACCCGGAAACGUAUGGAAACAUGACGGUUGCCAAGACAUGCGAGGAAUGCGAGAAUGGAUUGAGAAAAAUAACGCUUGACUUGAAACGGUUUGGAAAGACACGGAAACUUCAACAAAUACAAUUUGAAGAUUGGCCUGAUGAUUCAGCGUUGCCCUCUUCCCCUAAGGAUGUUAUAAACCUCCUUGAUACGGUUCAGUAUUGGCAACAUCAAUCAGGAAACAACCCUGUUCUUGUGCAUUGCAUGAACGGCGCAGACAGAAGCGGCUUGUUCUGUGUUGCGUCAGCAGUCUUGGAGAGGAUGAAGAUUGAACAAGACGUUGCUAUUGCCCAGGUCAUCAAAGAGAUGAGGAACUACAGGGAACAGAUUAUCCCCUCUGUGGACCAGUUUCAGUUUGUGCAUGAAGUAGUCAAGGAAUAUAUUCUGCAGAAUGAAACCUACUCCAAUUUCACCGAUUGAUGUCUACGGGCUAUCGAUCAAUGGGACAAUUAAAAUGACAACCCCGACCUUGUUGUUAAAUCUGCUUUUAUGUAUUUCCUUUUUAUUACAUUAAUUACACAUCAUUCGUAUAUGUGCUUUUAAAUAUACUGAAUCCCUCAAUGACUAUAUCAAAUUCGCGUACAAAAAUUAUCAGGAGUGGUGAAUGAAGCUAAAGCUUAAAGAUUGAUGCCAUGAUGCACCCGUGUUAGCGAUGAGGAAAAUACACUUAUGACGUCCUAGAGUUUUGAAUUUUGAAUUCAAAUCCCAAAUUUACAAAUACUAGCCUGAAAUGAAAUUUGGAAUUAACAUUCAUUAUGAAAAUUAUUUUAAUAAAACAACAGGCGAUUUCAAAUGAUAUAUACAUUACUAUUGAAUGCGAUAAAUAGUAUAAAUGAAAUAACUACGAUAAAAAAUCCAACUUUACUUGUAUUAACCUGGUUAUUAUCCCAUGAAAUGGUUUUCGUAUGCAUGGCAUCGUCCGCGAAUAUGGGUCACAUGGAGGAAGAAGUAAUAUUGUAUUUAUUAGCUAAGUAGUGUGCCGCAUAACCAGACAAUCAUGUUUACCUUGAAAUGUGUAUUUGAAGUAUCGCAAAUUAAAUAAUACACGUCAUGAGCAAGUUUAGUUUAAUGCGUUCAUAUACUAUUUGAUAAAUCUCUUUUUUUAUGUGAGAUCGUAACUUGCUUUGCAUGACUUUCUCGCUCGUUAGGUCACAAUGUUAUAUAAUGUGAACCACUUAAUUUGAUGUUGAUCUGUAUACAUGUAAAUAAUUGUAUCGCAAAUUAAAGUAAUCACACUUUAACAAAGUUAAGUUUCAUUGCGUUCACCUACUAAUAGAGAAAUGCUGUUUUUCGUGAUGACGUUACAGGACUCUUUCGCUCACAACGUCACACGAGUGUAUUUAAUGUUUAGUACUUAAUUGAUGUAGAUCAUUUUGAUAUGCCUAUAUAAUUGUAUUAUUGUGUGUACUUAAUAAACAUUUAAAUCGU